AAUGCUUGCCGGUCGCUUUGACCUGUUAGGUAGGUGGAUGGCAUCAAGCUAUCCGCAUAAGUUUGUUCCUGCUCAAUGGGUAAAGUCAGCCCAAAGACAAUUACAACAUGUUGAUAAAAAGGCCUGUGGUAUUUCAUCUAUAGUUACUGGUCGUAAAGAUGGCAGUUCAGAAGUAGAUAGACACAAAACUGCUGCUGAUCGUUGUGUGAAUCCUCAAAGAAAUAGCAAAACAAACAGUUCAACUCAUCCUAAGUUUAAAGCUUCAUGGAAUGACAGAAAUUCACAAACACAUGUGUGGAAAAAUAAGUUCAGCUCAUCCUAUGACCGCUGUCAAAUGAAUCAAAACUGGAAUGUUCAUCGAGAAAAACAGCGACCAAGUUAUAAAUAUGGAAGUACGAGUAGUCACUGCAUAAAACGAAGUUAUUUUUCAACGUUUACCGAUCAUAACUCAAAUAAUGACUAUAGUAGAAAGUUAAAUAAUGAUUACCAUCCAAGGCAACCCUCUGGUUUAAAAAGCAGUUCAUACCAACCCACAAGAAGGUCAUCAGAAUAUUGCGACACACAUGAUGGUCAUCAUUCGAGUAGUCAUUCUUUUCCACCAAGUAAUAAAAUUUCCAAUUAUGAAUCGGAAAUAGGUUAUUCCCAAGAUCAAGCUAGAUGGAAUACCGGCUUAAACCAUUCAUCACAUUUAACCUAUAACAGCCAUGGCAUCUACAACAGAAGAAAAAAUUUUCAUCACAAACCUGAAAAGUUAAGACGACAAUGGGUUCAGGUUUCUACUUCAAAACAAGCAGUGAAACAUUUACGUUUCAUUCCAACUACACAACAAGAUUCAUUUUCUGUAAUGUCUUAUAAUAUAUUAGCCCAGAAACUUCUUGACAUCAACUCGUAUCUGUACUCUGACUGUGAUCCAGAUGUUCUUCAAUGGGAUUUUCGCUGGCCAAAUUUAAUGAAAGAAAUGUCUUUAAUUAAUUCAGAUAUUAUCUGUUUACAAGAAGUAGAAGAGUGUCACUAUGAAGCUCAAGUUAAACCAUGGCUGGAAUCACGAGGUUAUAACUUUGCAUACAAGAAGCGGACUGGCAGUGACCCAACUAAACCAGAUGGUGUAUUAACUGCAUGUAGAUCAAAUAAAUUUCAUAUUGUUGAUGCCAUUCCUGUUGAAUACUACAGACAAAAAGAUGAGUUGACAAAAUGUCAUAAUGUUGGAUUGAUUCUUAUGUUAAAGAUGCUUCACCCUGACAUGAAUGGAGCAACUGUUUGCAUUGGAAACACACAUCUUUUAUACAACCCAAAAAGAGGUGAUAUUAAAAUGAUUCAACUAGCAACGUUUUUGGCUGCUGUGAGAAACGCUAUGCAAAACAGUCUAAGACAAACUGGUAUACAUCCAUCAUUAGUGUUAUGUGGUGACUUCAACAGCACACCAAGUUCACCUUUGUAUCAGUUUGUCACUUCUGGUCACAUCAACUACCAAGGUAUGUCGGCAAAGCAGAUUUCAGGUCAAAUUACUUCAGGAGGUUUAAAUCGGGAACUACCAGCUGUUCUGUUGCCUCAAUGUUUAAAUAUAAAUGGAGACUGCACACAAUCUCCAGAUGAAAGUUCUCCUCAUGGAAUCAAACACACAUUAACGCAUGGAUUUGGUAAUAUAAUGUCAUCUAAUCAACCUCAUCAACUUGAUGAAGCUACUACAAUGCAAAACAAUGGUGCAACAGUUGAUUACAUCUUUUAUACUGAGAAUAACAAAUUAAACGUUUCAAGCUGUCAAUCAAAUCAACCUAAAUUUUCUGUCAAGUUAAAACUACGUGGUCGUUUAUCUCAUUCAUUGGCAAAAAAUGUUUAUAAAGUCGGAGGAAUCCCAAAUGCACUUCAUUCGUCCGACCACUUACCUGUAAUUGCUGAGUUUGGUGUUAGUUUGUUGAAAUAGAUAUUUUUGUGUUGUUUAAAGGUACAGUGUGGUUCCUAAUUUAUUAAAUGUUUCUUCAGUUUGGUUUAUUAUAUUUAUUGUUUUAACUUCAACUAAAACAUUGAAUUUCAUAUUCCUUACAUUUGCAUGUCAGAUUUAGUUCGCAAUAUCUUUUUAGGUGUUUUCCAAAAAUGAGCCUACAGCUUGUUGGUAAUCAAUACUGCUGUUUGAAACCUAAAUAAAUAAGCGCAAUGUAAAAAACUUUUUUCAGAUGGCAAUCGGUGCAAAAAAAAUGUUUAAAAAUUAUUCUGGUUUGCAUGUGCUGUUUCUAUCGGUAGCUCCAUUCUACUUAGAAUUUAUAUUAUCUACUAAUAUAUCUUUUAUUUUUUGUGCAAAGUGUUUUUUAUUACUUUUAUGUGCAAGAUGCAAUACAUUUUAUUGACCAUCUGA